GCUCCGCAACCCAGAAAACUUGACCGCGUGUCCGUCGUUCCCAGGGUUCCGUGAGAGCCGUUUGCCCCACCCCACCUCUUCUUCAACGCUAUCUAUCUCAAUGUGCAAAUCUCCGAGAAAAAAAGGGUAUCAUUCACCGCCUUCACGCCGCCAAGGAAACAUUGCGUGUGUACGGCCGACGCUUCCCCGGCAACAGGCGCGGCCCCCCCUUCGGCUCGUUCCGAAAUACAACAACCGCCGCGUCUACGCUGGAUGAGGGCUUGAAAACACGGCGGUGGGUUCCAUGUCUGCCGCCUCACAUGUAAGCACCAUCCACUGGGGACGACGAGGGGAACCGUAGCGGGAGGACCUCCAUCCACCAACACCUGGACGUCGAGUUGCGUUCAAGGACACCCAGCCGCCUCAAGAACUGACCAAAAAAAACCCCAAACAACAACAACAAAAACCCACCAUCGAGGAUAUUUUCACGCAUAUGACGAGGGGGAAAAGCACCGAGGGGAAGGGGCCUUUUUAAGGGGGUCCUAAACUGUCAUUUUGUCGGCAAAAAGGAGAGAGUCCAUCGACGGUUUUCCAGUGAAGGUGUCAUUUUGAGGAAAUGUUUAUUUCUUCUUCACCGUCAAGCUUGAAGUGGAUGUAGCCAACAUGGGCUCCGGUGGAUAUUAAGGAUAAGAGGAGGUUUCAUCCAUGUCCAUUUCACAUCCCCUGGUAGCAGAUGACUUCAUUGCGGAUUUACAGCCCGACGUCCUUGUUGCCAGUAAAUAGCCACAUCCACCCAUCCGUCAUCCAUCCAUCAUCCAUCCAUCAUUCAGCCACGCUGGGCCAGGAGCCUUCCACACCUCCAUGUGCAUCCCUCACCUUCUGAGCCGGGUCUUCCACUCUUGGGCCCGUCCAAGAAUUUAGAUCCCCCUUCCCCUUUUUCUUCCUCCUUUUGCCCACCCAAGUGACCGCCUUUGAACCCACCGUCUUGGGAAUUUUUGUUGUUUUUUUUUGGGGUCGGGGGGGGAAGAUGGGCUGUCUCGGCAACAGCAAGACGGAAGACCAACGGAACGAGGAGAAGGCCCAGAGGGAAGCCAACAAGAAGAUCGAGAAGCAGCUGCAAAAAGACAAACAGAUUUACCGGGCCACGCACCGGCUACUACUACUAGGGGCUGGCGAAUCCGGGAAAAGCACGAUAGUCAAGCAGAUGCGAAUAUUGCACGUCAAUGGCUUCAACGCAGAGGAGAAAAAACAGAAAAUUAACGACAUUAAAAACAACAUUAAAGAAGCUAUAGAGACCAUUGUGUCCGCCAUGAGUACGCUCACGCCGCCGUGCCAGCUGGCCUGCCCUGCUAACAAGACCCGCAUCGACUAUGUCCAAAAUCAAAUCAACCAGAAGGAUUUCGAGUUUUCCACGGAGUUUUAUGACCACGCGAAGAUCCUCUGGCAGGACGAGGGCGUGCGGGCCUGCUGGGAAAGAUCCAAUGAAUAUCAGCUCAUCGACUGUGCACAGUACUUCUUAGACCGGGUGGACGUUGUCAGACAGCAGGACUACACACCAACUGACCAGGACCUGCUGAGAUGCAGAGUGCUGACGUCCGGCAUCUUCGAGACAAGAUUUCAAAUAGACAAAGUCAAUUUUCAUAUGUUCGACGUCGGCGGACAGAGGGACGAACGUCGAAAAUGGAUCCAGUGUUUUAACGACGUGACCGCCAUCAUUUUUGUGGUGGCGAGCAGCAGCUACAACAUGGUAAUCAGGGAGGACAAUCAGACCAACAGACUACAGGAGGCCCUCAAUCUCUUCAAGAACAUUUGGAACAACAGGUGGUUACGGACCAUCUCCGUCAUCCUCUUCCUGAACAAACAGGACCUCCUCGCUGAGAAGGUUUUGGCAGGGAAGUCCAAAAUCGAGGAGUAUUUCCCUGAGUUUGCACGCUACACGACACCUGAUGACGCAAUACCGGAGCAGGGUGAAGAUCCACGCGUCACCAGGGCAAAGUACUUCAUACGGGAUGAGUUUCUGAGGAUCAGCACAGCCAGCGGGGACGGACGCCAUUACUGCUACCCCCACUUCACCUGCGCUGUGGACACGGAAAACAUCCGGCGGGUCUUCAGCGACUGCCGCGACAUCAUCCAGAGGAUGCACCUACGGCAGUAUGAGCUCUUGUGAUGCGUGGGGGGGGGCGCGCAACCUCCUCCGCACACACCCACCUUUCUGCUCCACCCUUUUCCCCCUACUCCCUCCUUCCUUCCGACCACUCAGCCAAUCAGCAUCCACGUUUAAGAAAAAGAAGAAGAAGAAGAAGAAGCCGGGCACAUUUUUAGCCCAGUUUGGUUCUUGACAUAGGAACACACACACACACACACACACACACACACUACAGUCACAUGACCCUUCCUGCUGUUUAUUCACCGCGUGCUGAAGACCAAUUGAGGAGACGAGAAAAAGACGGCUAAUUCAAGCAGAAAAGGUUUUUUUUUGUUGUUAUUGUGUUGCACAGGGAUGGACAGACGGGAAAACCCACACGGUGCAAAACAAGGAAAAGCUAAAAAAUAAAUAUAUAUAGAUAUUUAAAUAUGAGUGUAUAUAAAUAUAUAUAUAGAUGAAUAGAUAUUUAUAUAUGAGUGUAUAUAAAUAUCUAUCUAUGUAUAUAUAUAUUAUAUAAAUAGAUAUUUAUAUA